ACAAUUUGAUAGAUACACGCUACGCCCGCAGUCUCACACCCAACUGAAGAGAUCCCUCUGAGGAAGACUGUGUUCUGAUCUGAAGUAGGUAGAAAAACAAUGUCUAUAACUUUGCUCGCUAACGGCGAUUUCUCAGCCGGAAAGUCUGCUCAGGCGUCAGUUACCAGCCGAGUAGCCUCUGUGUACAGCGAGGUCCAGGCGACUCGUAUCGACCAUGAACUUCCUCUCCCUUCUGUCCUCAGAAAACCCUUCAAGAUAGUCAAUGGUCCCCCUAGCUCCGCCGCUGGCAAUCCAGAUGAGAUCGCGAAGCUGUUCCCUUGUCUUUUCGGUCAGCCAUCUGCAGUGUUGGUGCCUAGUGAUUCCGAAGCGAACCAGACGAACCAGAAGUUGAAAAUUGGUUGCGUUUUGUCUGGAGGCCAGGCACCUGGAGGUCACAACGUGAUUUCAGGAAUUUUUGAUUACUUGCAGGAACGCGCUAAAGGCAGCAUAUUGUACGGAUUCAGGGGCGGUCCUGCUGGAAUCAUGAAGUGCAAAUAUGUGGAACUGACCUCGGACUAUAUUUACCCUUACAGGAACCAGGGUGGUUUUGAUAUGAUUUGUAGUGGAAGAGACAAGAUUGAAACUCCAGAGCAGUUUAAGCAAGCUGAAGAAACAGCAUUGAAGCUUGAUUUGGAUGGACUUGUUGUUAUUGGUGGAGAUGACUCAAAUACAAAUGCUUGUCUCCUCGCCGAAAACUUCAGGAAGAAGAAUAUAAAAACCCGGGUUAUUGGAUGUCCAAAAACCAUUGAUGGUGAUUUGAAAUGCAAAGAGGUUCCAACAAGUUUUGGAUUUGAUACUGCCUGCAAGAUAUAUGCAGAAAUGAUUGGAAAUGUCAUGAUAGAUGCCAGGUCAACUGGAAAAUAUUAUCAUUUUGUGAGGCUUAUGGGGCGUGCAGCUUCACACAUUACUCUAGAGUGCGCUUUGCAAACCCAUCCAAACAUUACAAUUAUUGGUGAAGAGGUUGCUGCAAAGAAGCAGACACUGAAAAAUGUUACAGAUUACAUUGUAAAUAUAAUCUUAAAACGUGCUGAUCUUGGAUACAACUAUGGUGUGAUACUUAUACCUGAAGGUCUAAUUGAUUUCAUUCCUGAGGUGCAGCAGCUUAUUGCAGAACUGAAUGAAAUUCUGGCCAAUGAUAUUGUAGAUGAAGGUGGCCUAUGGAAAAAGAAACUCAAAGAUCAGUCUUUACAGCUAUUUGAAUUCUUACCUCCAGCAAUCCAAGAGCAGUUGCUGCUUGAAAGAGAUCCACAUGGAAAUGUCCAGGUUGCCAAAAUAGAAACAGAAAAGAUGCUUAUCCAAAUGGUUGAAACAGAGUUAGAGAAGAAGAAGAAAGAAGGACCAUAUUUAGGCGAAUUCAAAGGACAGUCUCACUUUUUUGGGUAUGAAGGUCGAUGUGGUUUACCAACUAAUUUCGACUCCGCCUAUUGCUAUGCAUUGGGCUACGCUGCUGGUGCUCUCCUUCAAAAUGGAUAUACUGGCUUAAUAUCAUCGGUAGGGAAUUUGGCUGCUCCUGUUGAAGAAUGGACAGUUAGUGGGACUGCAUUGACUUCGCUAAUGGACGUGGAGAGAAGACAUGGUAAGUUCAAGCCUGUGAUCAAGAAGGCCAUGGUGGAGCUUGAAGGUGCACCAUUCAAGAAAUUUGCAUCCUUGCGGAAUGAUUGGGCCUUAUACAACCGUUAUAUCAGUCCUGGUCCUAUUCAAUUUGUUGGCCCAGCAUCAAAUGCAGCUAACCACACUUUACUCUUGGAACUUGGAGCUCAAGUAUAGGGCAUAUAAACCCAGUUCUUGCUUUAAUGCACGUUCAUAAAUCCAGAUGUUGGUCUAUCGUGCAUCUUUCAUAUAUUUGCUGCUUGCUUUUUUGGUAGAAUUUUGUCGUUCAGAUAAAAGAUGAUCUUGAGUUCUGUAUUGACCAAAAUUUGUGGAACUUUGCUUUAGGCAGCCUAGUUUAGGGUUUUUUUUUGUUUUUUAUUUAUUUAUUUGUUUUUUUUAAUGUGGUUUUUCCUCCUUUGUUACAAUUUUCCUCUUCUGCAGCAUGAACCAGUUAUGACUGCCUUCGAAGUGUAAGGUUAUUGCAGUCUGUUGUGAGAUGAAUAAAAUUUGAAAUAUAGAGACUUCGAUGGUUAUCCUUAA